GCGAGAGCGCGAGAGAGGCGGUCGCCGAGCCCCGGGAGGAAGAUGUCAAACGUGAGAGUGUCUAACGGGAGCCCGAGCCUGGAGCGGAUGGACGCCAGACAGGCGGAGUACCCCAAGCCCUCGGCCUGCCGAAACCUCUUCGGCCCGGUCAAUCACGAAGAGUUAACCCGGGACUUGGAGAAGCACUGCAGAGACAUGGAAGAGGCCAGCCAGCGCAAGUGGAAUUUUGAUUUUCAGAAUCACAAGCCCCUGGAGGGCAAAUACGAGUGGCAGGAGGUGGAAAAGGGCAGCUUGCCCGAGUUCUACUACAGACCCCCGCGGCCACCCAAAGGCGCCUGCAAGGUGCCGGCGCAGGAGGGCCAGGGUGUCAGCGGGACCCGCCAGGCGGUGCCUUUAAUUGGGUCUCAGGCCAACUCAGAGGACACACAUUUGGUAGACCAAAAGACUGAUGCACCGGACAGCCAGACGGGGUUAGCGGAGCAGUGCACUGGGAUAAGGAAGCGACCUGCCACAGACGAUUCCUCUCCUCAAAACAAAAGAGCCAACAGAACAGAAGAAAAUGUUUCAGACGGUUCCCCGAACUCGGCUUCAGUGGAGCAGACGCCCAAGAAGCCCGGCCUCAGAAGGCGUCAAACGUAAACUGCUCGUAUUAAGAGUAUGUUUCCUUGUUGAUCAGAUACAUCACCGCUUGAUGAAGCAAGGAAGAUAAAAAAUAAAAAUUUUAAGUGCAUAUCUGACUCCAUGAAAGGGACAACCCGUAUAAAGCACUGAACAGCAACAAGUCAAUAACACUAAAAUUUUAGGCACACUUAAAAUCAUCUGCCUCUAAAAGCAUUGGAUGUAGCAUUGUGCAAUUAGGUUUUUCCUUAUUUGCUUCAUUGUACUACCUGUGUAUAUAGUUUUUACCUUUUAUGUAGCACAUAAACUUUGGGGAAGGGAGGGCGGGUGGGGCUGAGGAAUUGGCACGGGUGGGGGGGUUAUGAAGAGCUUGCUUGGAUUUAGAGCAAGGAGAAAAAUAUUUGACUCACAUGAAGAGAAGCAGUUUGGGGGAAAGAUUUUUGAAUGGUUUUCUUUAAAGAUGUAAUGUCCCUUUCAGUGAGAACCGAUACUUCAUUUAAAAAAUCCAAAUUUGAACACUGGCUGCAAAUCAUUGCUAUUUAUUUUUGCAUGAAGCUUUUUCUUAUUUGGGAGUUCUGAUGAUUCCGUUAUGUGGCAGCAAAUUUUUUUUUUAAAAUAACAACAUCCUCAGCCCCCCUCCCUCUGUCUCCCUUAAAAUUGGAAUGUACCAGUUAAACUAUUCAUCAGUUUGGUAAUCACUCCAGGUAACUGGGCAAAAAUCUGGCAUGUAUGGGGGGGAGUUUGAAUGCUCAGAAUUGACCAUCUAGUUUUUAUCAGAUUUGUUGAGAAAAUUUUUAAUUUUCUUUUCACUUCAGGGUGUGUAGACACAGUCAAAAUAAUUCUAAAUCCUUGGAUAUUUUUAAAGAUCUGUAAGUAACUCGACAUAAAAAAUAAUGAAAUAAUUUUUAAUUUAAAGACUCAUUCUAUUUGUUUAUUUGCCCAAAGGAAAGUGGUGUUUUUAAAGGAAAGUGCGUAUAGAGAAAAGCACCCCGGGGGAUGAGUGAAAUGGAUACUACAUCUUUAAACAGUAUUUUUACAUUGCCUGUGUAUGUGUAUGAAACAAAACCAUUUGAAGUGUACCUGUGUACAUAACUCUGUAAAGACACUGAAAAUUAUACUAACUUAUUUAUGUUAAAAAGAGAUUUUUUUUUUAAUCUAGACAAUAUACAAGCCAAAGUGGCAUGUUUGUGCAUUUGUAAAUGCUGUAUUGGGUAGAGUAGGUUUUUUCCCCUCUUCUGUUAAAUAAUAUGGCUUAAAAGGUUGCAUACUGAGCCAAGUAUAAUUUUUUUUGUAAUGUGUGAAAAAAAUGCCAAUUAUUGUUAAACAUCAAGCAAUCAAUA